AAGUGCUUAUCGCUUGGUUAGCGUUUUUUCCUUUUUAUCAUAACACAAAACGCGGCUAAUUUCUUGGGGCUUUUUAGUUAGUUUAAUUGCGGCUAACACAGAGUUAAGAGUCACAAAAAUGGGACUCACGAAGGACAAGAUUAAGGACUGGAUUACCGCUGAACGCGUGGCUAUAUUCUUUGGUCUAUUGUCAACCUGCUUGAUCGUUGCCCUCGUAAUUGUGGUGGUCCACAGGGAUAAUUUGUGGCUGCAGUUGGACGAAGCCAAAAGGAUGUUGGAUGUCCUGGAGGAAUAUAUUCAAAGUCACCUGCUGACUACUAUUGCGGAAAGAAAUUCAUAAGAAUUAGGCUGCUGGGAAGCAUUUAAGAAGAAAAAUAAUGAAAAGAAUGUUAUCACAUAUACAUAUACUAGGACUAGACAAUAUUUCCAAAAAUGUACUCAGUUUAAAGCAAUAAAGGCAAAUGUAUGAGAAACCAAAAA